GUCGAAGGCUUCUCAAUCAAUCUCUGCACAUUGAUGAUGAUUCAUAAAUCGCUCGGUCUAUAGGUCGGUUGAUUGGCCAAUCAAAUCAAUUGAUCGGUUCAUCAAUCACUCGGGCUAUCGGUCGGUUGAUGGGUCUAUCGAUUGAUUUAUCUAGUAGAUGGCGAUGGAACUCACCACAGAGCGGCGACACGUGUCGGCGGCCAGCUCAGCACAAUUGGAAGUGGGUAGCUCGAUAGACAUGAAAAUGGAGGAGGAGGAGGAGGAGGAGGAGGAGGUGGUCCACAGAAGUGAUGAGGAGGGGGAAGAGGAACCCUCGAGAUUUGAACCCCCGACCUCUGGCGUGACAGACGAGCUGUUGCCACUGACGUGGCGGCGGCGGCGGCGAUGGGUUUGGGGCGGAGCAGCCAAUGCAAGUGACAGCGAGGAGCGGAAUGCUAUCGAAGCCCCGCCGCCGCUGCUUUCUGAUCGCGCCACGUCAGCGGCGGCGCGCGCAAGGGCGGGGGAGCGGAGUGUGAAACGAGAGGAGGGGCCAGAGGAGUGCAGGAGGACAACCUCAACCUCAACCCCGAUCUCAAUCUCAAUCUCAACCUCGGCCUCCUUCCGACGAAUGGAAUGCAUCGCUCGACACGUCACAUGUGCUGCCCAGCUGGACCGCACAGAAAACACGUGGCGGCGCGGCGGCAAUGCUGGAACGUCUUUCGCCGAUGAUGCCACGUGGCGGCGCGGGAACCGAGUCCGAGAAGCGGAGAGCCAAGGCAUGCGUUUUGCACCCGAAGUGCGGGAAGCCCUUGUUCAAGGCAAAGCCGUCGUCGCUCUGGAAUCCACUAUCAUCUCCCAUGGCAUGCCUUAUCCCCAGAAUCUGCGGACAGCUAUGGAAGUCGAGGACAUCGUACGGCUAGCGGGCGCAGUGCCCGCCACGAUUGCAAUCAUGGCCGGCAUUCCUAGAAUAGGAUUGUCCAAGACUGAUCUCCAGCAACUUGCCAAACUAGGCAAGUCGGUCCAGAAGACCUCUCGUCGGGAUAUCGCGCAGGUGGUCGCGCAGCGGCGGAACGGCGCGACCACUGUGUCGGCGACGAUGGUGUUCUCCGCGGCCGCCGGGAUCCCGAUCUUCGUCACGGGAGGGAUCGGGGGAGUCCAUCGCGGCGCAGAGACGAGCAUGGACGUGUCAGCCGACCUGACAGAGCUGGGCAGAACCCCAGUGACCGUCGUGUGUGCUGGCGUUAAGUCCAUUCUAGACAUACCCAAGACGCUUGAGUGGUUGGAGACGCAGGGGGUGACUGUGGUGGGCUAUGGCGCUGAUGAGUUUCCCGCCUUCUUCACCGUGUCGAGUGGAUGUACUUCUCCCUGCCGAAUGGACACGCCGGAGAGCUGCGCCGCUCUCAUCGCGGCAAACCGGAGGCUAAACCUGGGCAGCGGUAUCUUGAUUGGCGUCCCGAUCCCGGCCAAGGAAGCGCCCGUAGGGCAGAGAGUAGAGGUGGCCAUCAAUCAAGCUCUGGAAGAGAGCCGCCGAGGAAAUGUGGAAGGAAAUGCUGUCACUCCGUUCUUGCUGAAGAGAGUCAACGAGAUCACGCGUGGAGAAUCUCUUGCCGCCAAUGUCGUACUUAUAAAGAAUAAUGCGCUUGUUGGGGCAAAGAUCGCUGUCGCGCUGCAAAGCUUGCUGUCCUGUCCUAACUACCCCCUCCCCUCGGGGGAAAAGGGGAACCAGCCGGGCUAUAAUGGAUAAUGAGCCUUCUUGCCGUAUCUGGUCGGCAACUUGCAAGGACCCCUGGGUCCGACCCCUCCCUCCUCUUCCCCUCCCCCUCCCCUCUUCUCCACUGGCUGGCCAAUUUCGUGUUGAAUAACCCGCAAACUGCGCCUGGGCUUUACGUGCUGCCCAAGACCUAAG